UUGGUCACAUCAAGCUUGUGAAUGGGCAGGUUCUCAGUGAUAGUCUUGUGCUAGAUGAUGCCGAGAUAGCUGCAUCAAGCCGCGUCAUGCUUCAUGUUCAGACACAUGAUGGUCCGGUGAUGAAGUUGUACCUAUGGGACAAGGCUGCCUCAGACUUUAGUGAGAAAUUUAAAGCAUCUGGAGGAACUGCACGUGUUGUUUUGGUCACUACUUUAAACCCGAAACGAUAUGGAGGUGCCCUAGCUCUCUCCUCUAUGGCGCCAUCGCGUGUAUUUUUAGACACUGAUGUUCAAGAAACCAAAGAGUAUCUCGCUUGGAUGGAAGCGAACUUAGCUGUUGCCAACAGAGUGAAUGCAGACGUUGUCACUAAGACUGAGACAGUUACUAUUGGCGAGCUCUUUUCCUAUAUGAAGCAAGAAGAUGCCAAGGUUGCUUGGUUUGAGUGCAUAGCAACCAUUGGUGAUGUUGCGCUAGGUUCACCCUGGUAUUACAUAGGCUGUGGUGUGUGCCACACUAAGGCAACCAAAGGGCCUACCACUCUUAUGUGUAAGAAGUGUGGGAAAACCAAUAUUGUUGGUGUUGCACAGUACCUGGCCAAGAUCUCCGUGUAUGAUAAUGCUGAUCAGGCGUCUUUUGUGCUCCUCGGUGAUGCUGGACAUGAGUUGGUCGGAAGGAAAGCUUCAGAGUUGGUUGCAAGAUAUUUUGAGGUAAUUACAAACCUGUGUGCCCCUGGUUUUGAAACUGUAUUUUCCAAGAUCGUUAGAUAUAUAUAGUGACAAUUGUUUAAUGUAUGUUAGGGAAAUGAGAAUGUAGAAGAUGGCCACUUCGUUCCGGUACCUCAGGCUCUUAUUGAUACCAUUGGACAGACUCGCAAAUUCAUUGUGAAAGUAUCAGAUCACAAUUUGACUGGUAAGACCCAAACUCUGACUGUGACAAAGGUCCUCACCCCAGAAGUCCAAGAAGUUGAAGGCAAUUUAGAAGAGAAUAUGAUUGUACCAGAAGCCCAGGAAACUUUGCAGAAGGGAGUUGCUGAUGAUGAGCAUGUGGGCGUUGGCAUGGUGAAAAGGGCUGCUGAUGAUGUUGAGGCAGAAGAUCCCAAACGAGCCAGAUGUGGCUAGGAUGUGUUGAAUCUUAGUUUUAUGGUUACUAAAACUCUAAGCUUUGUUUUUUUUUUUUUAUCUCAGACUUUGUUUUGCAACAUUAACUAUCUUUUUUAUAAUCUAUUUUGUCUCUCCUUAGUGUUUUUUCCAUAAUUUUGAUGUUUGAACAUUUUAGUUUUUUAGAAUUGAUGCUUUUACGAAUUAGGUGGACUUGUGAACUUUGAGUUCUCGAAACCAAAGAAGUCACAUAAUGUACCAAUAAAGAUUUAUAAAGCACUUACGGUUUUGGUUUGAGAAAACAUGUACAUCAUACAUCUUUACUUAAAAAAAAACGAAAAAGAAGAGAUGACACGGUUGGUUGUUUAUAUAACACCAUGAGAAUACCACAAAAAUAAAUAGAGAAACAACUUAAAAACCUAAAUGUGAACCUUAAGAUUUUGUUCGAAUAUAGGAAUUAAGUUUAGAACAACUUUGAAAUCAGCCUUUACAGUUAGUUCUUAACCAAAAAUUGUUAGAUUUUUUUUCUGUUAAUGUCGUUUCAAUUUGAUUAAUUGGUUAACAUAUUGGCUGUUUUCUAGCCAUUUUUUAUAAAUGAUUUCAAAAUUUAUCAUAAAAGUGAUGUAUACAUGAGUAUUGAUUUUAUAGAAAGAACUGUAUUUUAGUAUUUUUUAUUAAUGAUUCCAAAAAUUAUCGUAAAAGUGAUGUUUACUACAUAUAAUAGAAGCUGGAGUACAUCAUGUAUAUGUUUUAAUAAACAUAUGAUAAACUAUUUUAAUAAGAACGAAAUGUAAAAUAUUUAUCUAUAUAGUCAAUGAUAUAAAAAUUCAUAUUAAAAUGUUAAAUAACUAUACAAUUAGAGUUUUGUCGGUAAGACAAUUGUAGUAUCAUAUGAACUCCUUCUUCUUUGUAUGAAUGAUAGAUCUUUUGUUUGCACUCGCGACCUACUAAUUUUACAUAAAUAGUAUAUACAUUUAUUAUCAAUUCAAACACCAUUAGAAUAAAUUAUUUUUAUUUUUAUGAAAUAUUUAAUAAUUACUAAAUAUUAAUUUUUAAUUUAUGAUAAACUUUUUAAAAUAUUUUUCUGCACUAUCUAUUACUGUAUUAAAUAUUAUAAACACUCACAUAUUACGAAUACAUUACCACUGUUUAUAAAUGAGUCCAAAAUUUAUCAUAAAAGUGAUGUAUACAUGUGUAUUGAUUUUUUGCUGUAAUUAUAAAAUAUUAUAGACAACUACAUAUAUAUGAAAAAUAAAAAAAAACAUUUUAGUAAUACUAAUUGUAAAUUUUGUUCUGGUAGCACUAAUCUGUGAGGAAAUACAUAUUUAACUGUCUGGCUAUUACAUAUUUUGUAGGACCAAGGUGAUCUUAAAUUAUUUUCUAUAUAACACAAUAUAAAUUAUUUUUAGACAAUGAUAAUUAUCAAAUCAAUAAAAUUUCUUUUUAGUUAAUUGUUAAUUAUAUAUACUAACAAAUCUAUUUAUUUAUUAAGGAUAAAAAUCUUUUAGUUGCUUUAACAUCAAAUAUGAGAGUUCAGAGGAAAAAAAAACACUUUACAAAUUACAAUAUAAAUUAUUAAAAUAAAUAUAAAUUAAUUAAUUAAAUAAAAAUUUAAUUAUA